CGUGACAUGGAGGAGGCGGGGACGGGAAGGGAAAGGUCAGCGGCGACGCCGGCGGCGGGGGGAGCGGAAGGUCAGGGCGGCGCGGAGCGGAAGUGGGAGCCGGAGCCUCGUCCGCCAUUGUGGGGAAGCGGAGCCCAGAGCAAGGGGGGGGAAGCGGCGCUGCGUCCGGCCGGCCGGCUCCUUCCAGCGGGAACCCGAUCGGCGGCGGCAGCGAGCCCAGGCGGCGGCGGCGACAAUCAGGCGGCGGCGGCGGUGGGGAGGAGGAGGCGGAGGCGAGCGAGCGGCCCCGGCGUGCGGAAUCACUCGAGGCCCAGGCGGAGCGAAGCGAGGGGAUCGCGGCUCCCCGUGAAGAAUGUCAGCCACCAGCGUCGACCAGAGACCUAAAGGACAGGGAAAUAAAGUUUCAGUACAAAACGGUUCGAUUCAUCAAAAGGAUGCAGUAAAUGAUGAUGAUUUUGAGCCAUAUCUAAGUAGUCAGACAAAUCAGAGUAACAGCUAUCCACCAAUGUCAGACCCAUAUAUGCCUAGCUAUUAUGCUCCAUCCAUUGGAUUUCCAUACUCUUUAGGUGAAGCAGCAUGGUCAACUGCAGGUGACCCUCCAAUGCCAUAUUUGACAACUUAUGGACAGAUGAGCAAUGGUGAACACCAUUACAUACCUGAUGGUGUCUUUAGUCAACCUGGGGCAUUAGGAAAUACCCCUCCAUUUCUUGGGCAGCAUGGAUUUAAUUUUUUUCCUGGGAAUGCAGACUUCUCUACAUGGGGUACAAGUGGAUCUCAGGGACAAUCAACGCAAAGCUCUGCUUACAGCAGCAGCUAUGGCUAUCCACCUAGUUCUCUUGGGAGAGCCAUAGCAGAUGGACAGGCUGGAUUUGGCAGUGACACUCUGAGCAAGGUGCCUGGGAUUAGCAGCAUUGAGCAAGGCAUGACUGGACUGAAAAUUGGUGGAGAUAUGACGGCUGCUGUAACUAAGACAGUAGGUUCAGCUCUGAGCAGUACAGGUAUGACAAGCAUUGCAGCUAACAGCGUGCCCCCAGUUAGCAGUUCAGCACCUAAACCAACCUCAUGGGCUGCAAUUGCAAGGAAACCUGCUAAACCUCAGCCGAAACUCAAGCCUAAAGGUAAUGUGGGCAUUGGGGGCCCUGCUGUACCGCCACCACCUAUAAAACACAACAUGAAUAUUGGAACUUGGGAUGACAAAGGGUCAGUGGUAAAAGCACCCCCAGCUCAACCAGUACUGCCUCCUCAGACUAUAAUCCAGCAGCCUCAGCCAUUAAUUCAACCACCACCACUGGUGCAAAGCCAACUGCCUCAACAGCAGCCUCAGCCACAGCAACCACAACAGCAACAAGGACCUCAGCAGCAGGCCCAGCCUCACCAGUUGCAGCAGCAACAGCUUCAAAACCGCUGGGUAGCUCCACGUAAUAGGGGUGUGGGCUUCAGCCAGAACAAUGGAGCUGGUAGCGAGAACUUUGGUUUAGGUGUUGUAUCCGUCAGCUCCUCACCUUCUGGUGUGGAAGUGCACCCAGUGCUGGAGAAACUAAAGGCCAUAAACAACUACAAUCCCAAAGACUUCGAUUGGAAUCUGAAGAAUGGACGUGUGUUUAUAAUCAAAAGUUAUUCAGAGGACGAUAUUCAUCGCUCCAUUAAGUACUCUAUCUGGUGUAGUACUGAGCAUGGGAAUAAGCGCUUGGAUGCUGCUUACCGGUCCCUGAAUGGAAAAGGCCCACUCUAUUUACUCUUCAGUGUGAAUGGCAGUGGACACUUUUGUGGAGUGGCUGAGAUGAAGUCUGUUGUGGACUACAAUGCAUAUGCUGGUGUCUGGUCUCAGGAUAAGUGGAAGGGGAAGUUUGAUGUCAAAUGGAUCUUUGUCAAAGACGUUCCCAAUAACCAACUGCGACAUAUUCGCUUGGAAAACAAUGACAACAAACCGGUUACCAAUUCGAGGGACACUCAAGAGGUACCCCUAGAAAAAGCCAAGCAAGUGCUUAAAAUAAUUGCUACUUUCAAGCAUACCACCUCAAUCUUUGAUGACUUUGCACAUUAUGAGAAGCGUCAAGAGGAGGAGGAAGCCAUGCGUAGGGAGAGAAAUAGAAACAAACAAUAACUAUAUGGAGAUGUCCUGCUAGAAUACAACACUAAUGAUGUAGACUCUGGAAAUGCCUAAUAUGUCUAAGAAGACGUUAUUAAAGCUUUUUUCUGCUUAAGGUGACAUCUUUGAACACUUUAACACGAAAUUGACUCUUCUUGUAAUGGUUCUCAUCAGUGCAUCUGCCCUUAUACUCUCUCACCAAACACACUUGAGAACUGUACCUUCGUCAAGCACUUUCUGUCCUGAAGCUUUUACCAGUAUCUGCUGUCUUUUGUAUUUAUGCAUCCUAGCUAAGGCACAGGAGACCGAACGAAUGCAAGGAUUCAUUAACUCUUUGAAUUUGUUAAAUACUAACAUUUAACCAUUAGAAGUGGUUCAAUGAUGUGAGAUUCACAUUGCUUCAACUUAAUUUUUUUCUUUGUUGUAGUUUUUUUAAUUGUCAGUUUUUAGCUAUUCAACAGAUUAAAAGCAAAUCAUGCCAUAUUUAGUCCUGGAGUAAAACUCAAGUCUAAAUGUUCAUGUGAAAAUUAUUGUAGUAAUCUUUUAAUAUGGCAAAGCAACUUUAAGCUGCAGUUUAGCCAAAUGAAUCGUAACAUGAAAUUAUAAUAGAAUGACAUUUCCCUUGUUUCAAACUGUUUGGUGUAAGAGAAUAUUAAUAUGCAGCUUGGUGGACACCACCAGUUAAUGCACAUUUCUUUAUUUUUUUUCUGUAACAUGUAUACUGAAAAAAAGUGCAUUUGUCUGAGGAACUGUUUGUUUGCUACCACUCAAUGAAUCUCAGUUUUGAGUAAAUGUACCUCAGUCUAAAUCAGACUUUUUAUGACCUUUAUAACUACAUUUAAAAUAAUCUUUAAUUCCUAUUUCUGGGUGUUUGCAAGCCUGACAGAUUGCUAUCAUGAAAGUGAAAAUUUACUCCUCUAGGUGAUUCACUAGCUAAAUAAACAUAAUUCUUGUUUAGCAAGCAUAUACUCUGUUUCUCAAAUUUUUUUGUUUCAUUGUGCCAACGUCGAGGUGUUUUUCCCCGCAUUUGAAAACAUUUUGAGAAAAAUACUUUGGUCUAUGGAGUUGACAUAUUCAUAACCAUGUUAAGAUGACUUUUGUUAGAACCAUGCAAUACAAAUCUUAGAAUACAUAUUAAACAGGCCAGUUCUAUACUAGUUUUUAACCUCUAGAGAUUAUAUCUUCGGUUUCAGCUCAUACAGCAACACAUUCUGUCCGCUGGAAAAGAAUAUUGAAAAACUGUUAAGCGGGUGUAUUGACUGUACAAAUUUACUGAACAACCUGUACCAAACUCCAGGGAUAGCUUUCCCUUUUUAGAACAGCAAUGUAGAAGUCAGAUAUCUUAUAGCUCAAAAUAGCAGUGGCACAUAUUAUUUGAACAUGUUUCAUGUCUUACUGUCCAACACAGAUGUUUAUAUUGUGUUUCAAGUCCUUCAUUGACAGAUUUUGGCAGUCAAAGUUCUGGAGCUUAAGUAGCAAAGGUUUGUUUUGAAUGCAGACGAUUUUGCUGACUUUUGCUUUCUCUGUUCUUAAGCCCUUUGCACUCUUACAGACAUGCAAACACAAGAAGUUCAAUGCACACUUCUUGCUCAUUAUUUUAAAUAUUGUUCGAGAGUGCAGAGUAGCAGAUAUGAAUCUUAAUUUUUACUGCCAGUUAUCUGGAAGCUCAAAAGGGAAGCUGCUCCUGUAUUUUGGAGUAAAGAAGCAAUGUCACUUAAAUGUUAGAUGUGUAACAAAUAGCAAGUGGGAUAAGGGAGGGUUAAGCAAAGUGCAUAUUGUAAGAGGAGACUGGGAGACAAAGGUUUCAAGCCCUAAUCCCUAUGAAAUUUGGCUUCAGCCCAAAAAUUACUGCUUCCAUGCAUAUCUGUUUCUUGCUAACAGGUUUUAUAGCUAUUUGUUUCCCUCUGUGGGCUGAUUUAUUCCAACUGUCAUUGAUCAGCUGAAGUGGCAAAGGUCAGUGUUGUGAGUCCAAGGAAUGUAGUUUGUCUGUGAUCCCUCAAGGUAUUCGCAUGUUUCUGACUCUGUUUCAAAAAUAUCUUAAGAAAAUUCCCAGAAGUUUCCAGUUACCAGAAAGCUAAUGUUGGAGUCAAGCAUUCAGGAAUUGAUUGCAUGUGCAACCCUAGUUUGCUUUCACUGCAGUAUUCAUAUUUUUGCAGGCUUUGUUAGUAUUUCCUGCCUUACCCCAUGCCUUUUUUAUUCUAAUAGCAUGAGCAUUGCUCUUAUAAUGAAUCAGGUUUAGUAUCAAGUGGGUUCAUCACUCUGUUGCAGGCUUUGAAAGCUGGGAAGAUGAGACAGGAUUGUGAGAGAAGGAGGUGAUCACAUUUAGAGAGCUGUGACAGUUCUUGCACUGUUCCAGGAUUGUUAGCAAAUCUACAAAUAGAAGAGUUUGAUUGCUGAUGGUGUUAGUCAUGUUGCGACCGAUUUGCUGACUGCUGAGAGUUUAGUAUGUGCAGCUGAAACGAAAAGGAAUUUUAUGUGCAUAUAAAGUACUGUACAAAUAGUAUAUUACAUUGUAAAAUCAGCUGUGGAGUGCUGUAUUAGUUAAUGGACAUGUGAAGCUUCUAGCCUUCAGCUUCCUUGUGCACAAGUUCUUUUCCUCCAGAAAGAGAAGGAAUGGUGCUUAUUAUCUCAAAUAAAUGUAGAAAUGCCUUUUUUUGGUCUGAUUUUUCAAUAUGGUGAAGGUGUUACAAUGGUUGCUUUCUAACUUGCUAAUGGAGGAAUCAUUGGAACCCAGUUUCUGUUCCUGAUGCCUCCUCCUUUGUGCCAGCUUUUGUUUUCCUGUGGUCCAAACUGAGCCAGUUGAAGCAGUUUUCUGUUGCUUUAACAGCUGGCCAGUUCUCUGUGAUGUUAAAUGUGUAGAAGGGAGAUGGUGGGAGGGUAAGAAAGAUUUGUUCUUUCAGAAGCAGGUACCCACUGUUGCACAUAGCUGCACCACAACUGGGGUUGGUGAGCCAGAGAUGUAGCAGAAUAUUUAAAAGUGGGAAAGGCUCCCCAGGGGAGGAAAAAUCAAACCAAUUCUUCUUCCAGUGUAAGAUUUUGAUAGUGCACAACUGAGAUACAAUGUUGUCACACAUUUAGUGAUAUGAGGAGGAGGGAGGAAAUGCUGAGUGUUCUCCAUUUUGGUUUCUUCUUCCAGUCUGAGGAGGCCUAAGAAUUGUCAUGGAAAGUUGCUGUGGAAAAGCUUGUCCUACCAACACAGGUGGGACAAACUAAGAUUGUAAGAGUUUUGCUCACCUUUGAGUGUCUUUGACUUUUUAACAUCAGUAGUAGUUUUUUUGCUAUUUGACAGGAAUAAUUUCUGUCAACUGAACACCCACAUUGCUGGCUUAAGAAAAACCUGAGCACUGCUUUAUUUUGAAGAACUUGGGUUGAGAGAAAGUCUAUAUUCACAAAUAGACAAAUUUCACUUCUUCAGGUAUUGUUAUUCUGUGCUUAAUUUAUGAAGUGCUUUCUACAUUCUUUCUGGUUUUUUCUUUUUGACUACUCUGGUAUUUUCAAUGUUCACUGUCUGCAAAAUUUAGAUGCAAAAGCCUGUUGCCAAAAUCAUUCUUAUUCCAGACAAAUCUUUGGCAGCCAGCGAAAGAUAAUGAUGAGGUCAAGUGCAAAAAAUGUAAUAUUUAGGAGGAAGCAUCUUAAAUAUUUUUUCGCUGUUUGGUCCAAGUUCUAUUUUGAAGUUGCUUUCUAUUCCAUAGGAGAAUUUGCACACUUGAAAUGUAUUUACAGAAUGGGUUGCAGUGGAAGGGACCACAGUGGGGUCAUCUGGUCCAACCUCCCUGCCCAAGCAGGGUCAUCCUAGAAAAUUUGUAAUCAAAUCCGUGCGUUUUUCUUAGCUGAACCUGAGUUGAAGCAACAGUGUUUUGAAUUCUAUAAGUAGCAGUUACCUUAAUUUUUCAAAAUUACUGGUGACUCUUUCACCAGAAAGCUUUUUUUAGUGUGCAGUUUUUUUUCUUGGUUUUUUUUUUGUGGUGGUUUUUUUUUUUUUUUUUUUUUUUUUUGUAAUCUACUUCAUUUGAUUCUAGUUCAGUGAAAAUACAGCGGAGACAGUCUUUGAAUUUUUUCCAGCACUGUUUUUUUAAAUGAAUAAUUCUAGGCAUUCAAAUGCAAACCACCCUUUAGGAAUAGCUUUCCAAAGCCAUUUCUACUAAUUUUUCCCUACUAUUUAAGGAAAUGCACAAAGAUUUUUAGUGUCUUGUUUAUCCUUAAGAGAGUGGUUGGUUCUUUUCCAUCUAGGUGUAGCAAAACUUGGUUUCAAUUUUGUGGGUUGUUUUGCUUUGUUUGUAUCAUUACAGAGUGGUGACUUAGGUGAGAAUUCUUUAACAUGAAAGUUGACCAUUGGAUCUUAUUUAAUAUGUUUGAAAGUUUCCUCAAAAGCAACCUCCUGUUCACAUCCUUAGUUCUGUUUUCCACCUGACACAUUCAUUGUAGUUCAGCGUUGGAGAGGAAUGAAUUUCUCUAUGGGUCAUAGGAAUUUUAAAUAAAUUAGUUUGGUCUCAUAUACAAAUACUAGUGUACAGCUGGCAGCCUGUCCUCAAAGCAUCUGUUCUGUACUGUCUGUUCUACUUUACAUAUUUUAAUAAAGUGCAUUUUAAUAUAAUGAAUAUGAACCUUUCAGUUCACAAAUUUAAAUUUGUAUCUAGUCCAGGUUUUCAACAGUAUUUCUCGUCUCAUAACAAUCAUGAAGCAUUCUUAUUAAUGAUGCUGUCAGUGUCCAGGGUUCUCUAAGCAAAAUAAUAAUAAUAAAAUUUGCUGCUUAUUAAUAUUA